UCCUACUCCUCCUCCUCCUCCUCCUCCUCCUAUAUCUAUGUGUCUAUAUAUAUUAUAUAUAUAAAUAUAAAUAUAAAUACCUACAAACAAACAAACAAACAAACGCAUCCCCACAUUUAUUUCUCAAGUCUCUCUCUCAAUCCGAUUUUCUUCGCCACCAUUCUUUUUUCCCUUUUCCCUUUCCCUCCGACGCGAACGAAUCGAUGGCCGACGACGACGAUUGGGUCAAAGCCGCCAUGACCGAAGACUCCCUGGUGGCGGACCUCCUCAUGAGUCUCCGCCACGCCCCCCUGCGGCCGCCGCACAAGAGUAGCCACUCUCAUCCUCCUCUGCCGCCGCCGGCUUUGCCUCUCGACUGGACCGUCAGGCAGCGCCGCUCCAGAACGACGCUCCACGCCUCCAAGAAGCCGGCGCCGAGGUCUAGCCCCACCACGCCGCUCUCCUGGAGCGGCGCCACCUCCGCCAGCGGAGGCGCCGCCGACGGUUUCGAGGAGUCCAGCCGCCCCGCGCCCUCGCCGGUCGACGCAGCGAGAUCUAAGGUUGCUGCUACUAGUGAAACACUCGCCAUCAAAAGGUCAAGAAAGAAGAAGACAUUAGCUGAACUUAAGGAGCAGGAGAUCUUGCUUUUAAAGGAAAGAACGCAUUUGAAGAUGGAGUUGGCAACCUUAGCUGUCAAUUUGGAGAAACAGAGGGCUGCGAAUGAAAGCUUAAAGAGACUCAAGCUUGAUUUGGAAUCACAGCCAGCAGCAGAAAGGGUGCCUAUAAUAGGAUCCCCGAUUCCUUCAAUCCUGCAUCUAGAUGUGAGAACUGACGGUCAGGACUCCAUGCAACAACUGCCUACACCCGAUGGUUCUUACGAAAUGCAGCAGCAGAACGUAAAUCGGGAGAAUAAUUUUGCGCUACCUGAUCUAAACCUACCCGUGGACGAAGGAGAUAAGUCUGAGGUUGGUCUAACUGAGAGCUAGCUAAGACUCACCGACAACCUGGUUUUCAUCCAAGGUGGGACAAAAAUGUGGAGCCAUUUAUAGUCAAAAUAAGUGACUAACCUUGUAGGAUGAAUUAUUAACUGUAAUAUGUAAACUACAGGCCCAUUAGUUUCACCUUCCAGACAGGAAGUGGAAGAUUUUUUUUUUUUUUUUUUUGGGUUCUUUUUUAGUUCUUUUUCUUCGUCUUCUUGGUGAUCAAUAUAGCAGCAAGGGCAGGCUGGAGAUCCUAACCUGUUAGAUAAGGCCUAUAUGUUGUUUUGUUGUGGGAUGGAUUCAUUUGUACCUGGUAAAUUUUGAAGGUACAGGGGCUCUCUCAUUCCUUCUACUCUUCCCUUUGCAGGAAGGAAUAUUUGCAGAUAAGUUGUCAAUAUUACAUAGAUGAUCAGAUGUUGAGUA